UCAUUUCCCACCGUUACGUGAAAAUUGAGGUGAGCUGUCCCUCUCGUCCCCUACCAUUACCAUUCCUUUCUUAAUUUUCCCGGCAACGCGCACUCAAAAACCCUAAUUUCCCAUCUUCACCACCACCACCCUACGAAGCUGCUCCUCAUUUCCCCAAUCCAUUCAAUCUUGCUCCGCUCUGGCCGAUACACAUUCUCUUUGAAGUUCCUGCCUUUAACUUUCUCGAUUGCCUAGGAUCUGCUUUCUGCAUUUGGGUCCUUUGAUGGCGGAGGACCGCAACGGCGAUAAGAAUGAAAACAGUGAUUACAGUUCAGAGGACGAAGGAACUGAGGAUUACAGGCGAGGAGGUUACCAUGCCGUUCGAAUUGGGGAUACUUUCAAUAAUGGGUUCUAUGUGGUGCAGGCCAAGCUUGGUUGGGGUCAUUUUUCUACUGUCUGGCUUGCUUGGGACGUCCAGAGAUCGCGUUAUGUGGCCUUGAAAAUUCAAAAGAGUGCUCAGCAUUAUACUGAAGCUGCCAUGGAUGAAAUAAAGAUUCUUAAACAGAUUGCAGAAGGGGACCCAGAUGACAAGAAAUGUGUUGUAAAGCUUUUGGAUCACUUCAAGCAUUCUGGUCCUAAUGGUCAGCAUGUAUGUAUGGUAUUUGAAUUUCUGGGUGACAAUCUUCUGACACUUAUCAAGUAUAGUGAUUACAGAGGGGUUCCUCUCCCCAUGGUUAAAGAAAUUUGCUACCAUAUUUUGGUGGGCCUGGAUUACUUGCAUCGAGAGCUUUCCAUAAUACAUACAGAUUUGAAGCCAGAGAAUGUCUUGCUUCUGUCUAUGAUAGAUCCGUCUAAGGAUCACAGAAAGUCAGGUGCCGGACUCAUUCUUCCUAGCACCAAGGACAAUUCUGUAUCCAGGAAUGAGGUCACAAAAGAUAAUGUUAAUUUGAAUGGAAAUCUGAGCAAAAACCAAAAGAAGAAAAUGCAUAGAACGGCUAAGGUUGAUAAUGAAAUUAUUGAGGGGGCAGGGGGUUCUAAAGAUCAUGAUCAAGAAGAUUCUAGCAAUGAUCUAAAAUCGAACUCUGAAUCUGUUGAAGAUAAAUCCAGUAGUUCGGUGGGUAAAGAUGAACCAACAAAGAUUGUCGAAACUAAGGAUGUUCCGCAGGGAAGUCAGAGUCAGAGGAAAAUCAGCCGUUCCAUGAGAAAAAAGUUGCUUGCAGCUGUUGAUCUAAAGUGCAAACUGGUUGAUUUCGGAAAUGCUUGUUGGACUUAUAAGCAAUUCACAAAUGAUAUUCAAACGAGGCAGUAUAGAUGUCCUGAGGUUAUUCUUGGAUCUAAAUACUCAACGCCAGCGGAUUUGUGGUCUUUUGCUUGCAUUUGCUUUGAGCUGGCCACUGGUGAUGUUCUUUUUGAUCCUCAUAGUGGUGACAACUAUGAUAGGGAUGAGGAUCAUCUGGCAUUGAUGAUGGAACUUCUUGGAAUGAUGCCUCGCAAGAUUGCACUAGGGGGCCGCUAUUCCCGGGAAUUUUUCAAUAGAUAUGGUGAUCUAAGGCACAUUCGUCGGUUGCGGUUCUGGCCUCUUAAUAAGGUGCUUAUAGAGAAGUAUAAUUUCAGUGAGCAAGACGCAAAAGACAUGACAAACUUCCUCAUUCCCAUACUUGAUUUCGUCCCCGAAAAUCGGCCAACAGCUGCUCAGUGUCUUAGUCAUACCUGGUUCAGUGCUGGUCCUCGGAUUCUUCAGCCCUGUUCAACUACCGUGCAACCUGAGGCCAUCGAGGAGGGAAUGUCUGAAGAAACAAAGCGGGAUAAGGCUGAGCAGGAAGCUGUGGAAGUUGGUGUGGGCAAUAUAGCCAUUGAUGGCACUCCAAAGCCACUCAAGAAGUCCCAGUCUGUCAAGUGACAAAUUUAUAUGCAGGUUCUACAUGCAACCUGGUUCGUUUCUGUGUUAAAAUAUACUGGUCCUUGGGUCACAACAUAUUUUUUCGUCCUUUGUGCAAUACCGCUCAUAUCUCAAGGUCUUCGUGCGGUAAGCCCUUAAUGGAGCGAGGGCGGCUGAAUGUCUGCCUGGAAUCUGAGAUUUCGGAACGUCUGAACUGAAAUACCACUUCCUUCGUCUAUAAUGGAUCAAGCGCACAAUAUUGUACAAUUUUUUAUUUUUGGGGGUUUUUUUAGGAUAGUUUGUUUGAAAUUUCUUCCUAGAUUAGAUUCUCGUCUGUCAGAAAUGCUGCAGUUGAGGGGUUAAAAUUGUACAUUUGAAUGAGUCGGUCCUUCAUUUCUAAAUCGGAUAUUGUAGCGAUAUACUUAUCACGAUGUUUUUGGUUUCUAAUAUUUGGCAUUGUUGCCAUAUUCUGUUCC